GCUAAACUUCACCAAAUAAUAGCUGUUUGUAUUUUGGCUGCUGCAGGAGCCAUUUUAGAAAUAAAUAUCUUCAUUCAAUAGAUGAUAAUGAAAAUACAGAAGAAAGAGAAGCAGUUAUCAAAUUUAAAAGUUCUGAGUCACUCCCCAAUGUCUGAUGCCUCUGUCAAUUUUGACUACAAAUCCCCAUCCCCGUUUGACUGCAGCACUGAUCAGGAAGAGAAAAUUGAAGAUGUUGCUAGUCAGUGUCUGCCCCAGAAGGACUUGUAUGCUGUUGAAGAGGAAGCUGAUACCCUUUUCUCUAGGAAAAUGACAUCCCAUAAUGGGAUGGAGAACAGUGGAGGAGGAGGCACUGGAGUGAAGAAGAAACGGAAGAAAAAAGAUCCAGGAGAGCAAGAGUGUGCAGCAAAGGGAAGUAGGGACAGGGAGCCCAAGCCAAAGAGGAAGCGAGAACCUAAAGAGCCAAAGGAACCCAAGAAGACUAAGGAACCGAGAAAGGCCAAGGAGCCCAAGGAACCGAAGCAGAAGGAUGGAGCAAAGAAGACACGGAAGCCCCGGGAGGCCUCAGGCACCAAGGAGGCCAAAGAGAAGAGGGGUAGCGCUGACUCCACAGUGAGGACGAAGUCCAGGAAGACCAGCAAGGAGCAAGGACCAACCCCAGUGGAGAAAAAGAAGAAAGGAAAAAGGAAAAGUGAAACCACAGUGGAGAGUUUAGAGCUGGAUCAGGGCCUGCCGAACUCAUCCCUGCGGAGUCCUGAGGAGUGCACUGAGUCUACAGACAGCCAGAAACGACGCUCAGGACGGCAAGUGAAGCGCAGAAAAUACAAUGAGGACCUGGACUUUAAAGUGGUGGAUGAUGAUGGGGAAACAAUUGCUGUUCUUGGAGCUGGCCGAACAUCUGCCCUCUCGGCUUCUACUCUGGCUUGGCAGGUGGAGGAGCCUCCAGAAGAUGAUGCAAACAUCAUUGAGAAGAUCCUGGCAUCUAAGAUGGUCCAAGAGGUUCACCCAGGAGAACCCCCAUUUGACUUGGAGCUAUUCUACGUUAAAUAUAGAAAUUUUUCCUACUUACACUGUAAAUGGGCCACAAUGGAAGAACUUGAGAAGGAUCCUCGCAUCGCACAGAAGAUCAAGCGAUUUAGGAAUAAACAAGCCCAGAUGAAGCACAUUUUUACUGAGCCUGAUGAAGAUCUGUUCAAUCCGGACUAUGUAGAAGUUGAUCGCAUCUUAGAGGUGGCCCAUACCAAGGAUGCAGAAACAGGGGAGGAGGUCACGCAUUACCUAGUGAAGUGGUGCUCACUGCCAUAUGAAGAAAGCACCUGGGAGCUAGAGGAAGAUGUAGAUCCUGCAAAAGUUAAAGAAUUUGAGUCUCUUCAAGUACUCCCUGAAAUUACACACAUGGAGCGGCCUGCUUCAGAUGCUUGGCAGAAACUCGAGAAGUCUCGCGAGUAUAAGAACAGUAACCAGCUCCGGGAGUACCAACUGGAGGGAAUGAACUGGCUGCUUUUUAACUGGUAUAACAGAAAAAACUGUAUUUUGGCGGACGAGAUGGGCCUAGGGAAAACCAUCCAGUCCAUCACAUUCCUUUCAGAAAUAUUCCUCAGGGGAAUACAUGGCCCUUUCCUCAUUAUCGCCCCUCUCUCCACCAUCACUAACUGGGAGCGGGAGUUCCGGACGUGGACAGAGAUGAAUGCUAUUGUGUACCAUGGCAGCCAGAUCAGCAGGCAGAUGAUCCAGCAGUAUGAAAUGGUGUACAGAGAUGCACAGGGAAACCCCCUUUCAGGAGUCUUCAAGUUCCAUGUUGUCAUCACAACAUUUGAGAUGAUCCUGGCAGACUGUCCAGAGCUGAAGAAGAUUCACUGGAGCUGUGUGAUAAUUGAUGAAGCCCACAGGUUGAAGAAUAGGAACUGUAAACUUCUCGAGGGUCUGAAGCUCAUGUCCUUGGAGCAUAAAGUGCUGCUCACUGGAACGCCCUUGCAGAACUCUGUGGAAGAGCUCUUCAGUUUGCUAAAUUUUCUGGAACCAUCACAGUUUCCUUCAGAGACUGCUUUCUUGGAGGAGUUUGGAGAUCUGAAAACAGAGGAACAGGUGAAGAAACUACAGUCUAUCCUAAAACCAAUGAUGCUUCGGCGGCUGAAAGAUGAUGUGGAAAAGAACCUUGCUCCCAAACAAGAGACUAUCAUCGAAGUGGAGCUUACUAAUAUCCAGAAAAAGUACUACCGAGCCAUCCUGGAGAAGAACUUUUCCUUCCUGACCAAGGGGGCAAAUCAGCACAACAUGCCCAAUCUCAUCAAUACCAUGAUGGAGCUGAGAAAGUGCUGUAACCAUCCCUACCUGAUCAAUGGGGCAGAGGAGAAAAUUCUGGAAGAUUUCCGAAAAACUCACAGUCCUGAUGCUUCUGACUUCCAGCUGCAGGCCAUGAUUCAGGCAGCAGGGAAGCUGGUGCUUAUUGACAAACUGCUCCCUAAGCUGAUUGCAGGUGGCCAUAAAGUACUCAUCUUCUCCCAGAUGGUGCGCUGCCUUGAUAUCUUGGAAGAUUACCUCAUCCAGAGAAGAUACACCUAUGAGCGAAUUGAUGGGCGAGUACGGGGAAACCUGCGCCAGGCAGCCAUCGACCGGUUCUGUAAGCCAGACUCAGACCGCUUUGUCUUUCUUCUGUGCACCAGAGCGGGAGGCCUGGGGAUCAAUCUCACAGCUGCUGAUACCUGCAUCAUAUUUGAUUCAGACUGGAACCCACAAAAUGACCUGCAGGCUCAGGCUCGAUGUCACCGUAUAGGCCAGAGCAAAGCUGUGAAGGUAUAUCGCCUCAUCACUCGGAACUCCUAUGAGCGGGAAAUGUUCGACAAGGCCAGCCUAAAACUGGGUCUGGACAAGGCUGUUCUUCAGGACAUCAACCGAAAGGGUAGCACCAAUGGAGUGCAGCAGCUGUCAAAAAUGGAAGUGGAAGACUUGCUCCGGAAAGGUGCUUAUGGAGCAUUAAUGGAUGAGGAAGAUGAAGGGUCCAAGUUCUGUGAAGAAGACAUAGACCAAAUUCUGCAGAGGAGAACACACACCAUCACCAUCCAGUCUGAAGGGAAAGGAUCCACUUUUGCCAAGGCUAGUUUUGUGGCAUCAGGAAACAGAACGGAUAUUUCCUUAGACGACCCUAACUUUUGGCAAAAAUGGGCUAAAAUAGCUGAAUUGGACACAGAAGCAAAGAAUGAAAAGGAGAGCUUAGUGAUUGACCGGCCUCGCGUGAGGAAGCAGACCAAACACUACAACUCCUUUGAGGAGGAUGAGCUCAUGGAGUUUUCAGAGUUAGAUAGUGACUCUGAUGAAAGACCCACACGAUCAAGGCGCCUCAAUGACAAAACCAGACGCUACCUCCGAGCCGAAUGCUUCCGGGUAGAGAAGAACCUGCUCAUCUUUGGUUGGGGUCGGUGGAAGGACAUCCUGACUCAUGGGCGAUUCAAGUGGCAUCUGAAUGAGAAGGACAUGGAGAUGAUUUGCCGUGCCCUGCUGGUAUACUGUGUCAAGCAUUACAAGGGAGACGAGAAGAUCAAGAGUUUCAUCUGGGAAUUGAUCACACCUACCAAAGAUGGGCAGGCUCAGACCCUCCAGAACCACUCAGGACUGUCUGCCCCAGUCCCUAGAGGGAGGAAAGGGAAGAAGACAAAGAACCAGCUGCUCCUCCCAGAGUUAAAGAAUGCAGACUGGCUGGCCACCUGCAACCCUGAGGUGGUAUUGCAUGAUGAUGGCUAUAAGAAACACCUCAAACAGCACUGCAACAAGGUACUUUUGCGUGUCCGAAUGCUGUACUACCUUAAAGCUGAAAUAUUGGGAGAAGCAGCUGAUAGAGCAUUUGAAGGAACUCCUGCCAGAGAGCUGGAAGUGCCUCUGCCUGACAUUGACUACGUGGAGAUCCCAGUGGAUUGGUGGGAUACUGAGGCUGAUAAGUCCCUUCUCAUUGGUGUGUUCAAGCAUGGUUAUGAGAGGUACAAUGCCAUGCGAGCAGACCCAGCACUUUGCUUUCUGGAGAAAGUCGGCAUGCCAGAUGAGAAGUCUCUUUCUGCAGAACAGGGUGUCACGGAGGGGACCACAGACAUUCCUGAAAGAGUCAACACAGAUAAAGAAGACAAUGCUGAGGACAAAUUAGAUAGCCUCCAGAAACAAAUGGAGAGUUCCAGUGAUGGAGGUGAUGGCAUUUUUGGUGAAAAGAAGGAUGACAACCGGGCAGCCCAGGAUGGCUCCGACCCAGACAAACCGCCCUGGCCAGUUUCCUCUGCUCUCACAGCUCGUCUCAGACGCCUGGUCACUAUCUACCAGCGCUGCAACCGCAAAGAACCCUGCCGACCCGAAAUUCUGGGCCCAAGUAACAAAGGAUACUGGGUCCAGGAAGAGAUGUUCAAGAGAACCUCAGAAAUGGACUUCAUCAACAAGGAGGCCCAAAAGAGGUGGACUAGGAGAGAACAAGCAGACUUCUACAGAACAGUAUCUUCCUUUGGUGUUAUUUAUGACCAAGAAAAGAAAACCUUUGACUGGACACAGUUCCGCAUCAUUUCCCGUUUGGACAAGAAGUCGGAUGAGAGCCUGGAGCACUAUUUUUAUAGUUUUGUGGCCAUGUGCCGGAACGUCUGUCGUCUACCCAUGUGGAAAGAUGGUGGUCCCCCAGAUCCCACCAUCUAUGUUGAACCCAUCACUGAGGAACGGGCUUCAAAAACUCUGUACCGCAUUGAACUUUUACGGAAGGUCAGAGAACAGGUGUUGAAGUGUCCUCAGCUGCAUGAGCGCCUCCAACUCUGCAGACCCAGCCUCUACCUCCCAGUCUGGUGGGAGUGUGGGAAGCAUGACCGAGACCUGCUCAUUGGCACUGCCAAACAUGGGCUGAACCGCACUGACUAUUACAUCAUGAACGACCCCCAGCUGUCCUUCCUGGAUGCCUACAGAAACUAUGCCCAGCAUAAAAGAACUGACACCCAGGCACCAGAAAGUCUCUGUUGCCUUUACCAGACCAACUCCAAACUAUAUGAAUCUCUUACAUACACUCAAAUAAGUAGGACUUCGGAGUCUCUUGACAAUGAACCUGAAAAUCUAGUGAAAACAGAAAGCCAAGAUGACUAUCUUGGUCACCCUGGGGGCAGCUUACCUGACAUGGUUUGUGAAAACUUUAUUUCUAAAGUUCAGGAUAUCAUUUCCAUCAACCAUGAUGAGAGUCUGUUUCCUGAGUCCUUGGAGAACAUGAUAUAUGGUAAGAAGGUGCUCAGCCGAGAGCCAGGCCCUUUUCGGGACAGCCCAAACAGUACCAAUACAGAAUCCAGAAAAGAUGCUGUUGUGAUCUCUGCAAGCAAAGAUGGGAACUGCCAGUCUGGUGGCCAUGAAGCAGAAAUAGCUUCAGUCCCCUCUUUUAUGGGUAGUUUAGAAGCAGGAGUAGCUCAAAUGAACAAUAAGAAUGGAAGCCAUUUGUUGAUGUCUCUUUCAAAAGAAAGGGAACUCUGCUGCAGUGAGGCAGGGCAGAAACCUGAAAGCAUUAAGCUUCUAGAAUCCCGGUGCAUGGCUUCCCCUUCCUUGAGUCAAGGAAAUGAAAGUGGGUUUGUAGAUAUGUAUAAUCUUGGUGUCUGUGACUCCAGAAGAAACCUGUCAUCCAAUCAGCAGUUGAUUGAUUUGCUAGAAAACAGAAGUUUAAAAAGUAAAUUGAUUUUGAGUCAGAACCACAGCGAUGAGGAGGAGGAAGAGGAGGAAAAUGAGGAGGAAAACGUAGACAUGGCAGCAGGCAUGAGGGAAAGGCCGGGGAUUUUGCAUCUAACUGAGCCCUCUACUAAUAUCCCAAGGGAAAAGAGCCAAGGUUUGCAUAUAGAUGAGACCAAAAAAGGAAGCCUGGAGGUGGUGAGCCAGAAUCCUGGGCCAGGGAGGGCCUUUCCUCAAGCAGCCUGUCAGUGUCACUGCAGACACAUGGGGAGGUGGAAGCAUAGCAUCGAGAAAGAUGACAUUGAAGUGGAGAAACUCAAGAGUUACAACCCAGACCUGUACAAAAGCAAAAUUACCAGUAUGACAAUGGAGGGUGAACCUAUUGCUAUUCCAUCAGAGCCAUAUAAAGUGAAGCAUGAACUCUUAAAAGAACCCUGGAAGGAAAGGGCAGAAGAGAAAAAAGGUUUCCCCACAUACCCUCUUGAAGGAAGUGAACUCAAGUCAGAAAACUUGGAUUUUGAAGCUAAAGAUGACUAUGAUAGAGAUGGAAACUGCCAUGGUCAAGAUUAUCUAGGGAAGUAUUCUGAAGAGGAAAGUAAGAGCUCCACAUCGGGCAUCACGGGAGACACUGGGGAUGACCUACAGGAGGCUCGAGCGCCCACCAUUGCUCAGCUGCUGCAGGAAAAAACCCUGUAUUCCUUCUCCGAGUGGCCAAAGGAUCGCGUGAUAAUUAACCGCCUAGAUAAUAUCUGCCAUGUAGUGUUAAAGGGGAAGUGGCCCUCCGGCCAGCAGUAUGAGCCCUCAGGCACAGUGCCCACCCCUGUAUUAAGCAGCACUGCUGGUUCUCGAAACAGCUUCCCGGAGCCAGAGGCAUCAGAACACAGCUUCAGCAAUGGUACAGCACUGGUGGCCCAGAUCCAAAAGGAGACCUUCCUGGCUCCAGUAUUCACAAAGGAUGAACAAAAGCACAGGCAUCCCUAUGAGUUUGAGGUGGAGAGAGAUGCAAAGGCUCAGAGCCUGGAACAUUUCUCUGCCAACCAUGGGCACCCUCCCAUUGUCCUCAAUGGCUGGCAUGGAGAAUCAGCUAUAGACCUCUCCUGCACAUCAGAAGGGUCUCCAGGAGCCGCAUCCACUUUCCCAGUGAGUGCCAGCACCCCUAAGAUGGGGGCAAUCGGUUCACUUCAAGGAGCCCUUGGCAUGGAUCUGUCUGGGAUUCUACAAGCUGGCCUAAUCCAUCCAGUGACUGGACAGAUUGUCAAUGGAAGCCUAAGAAGAGACGAUGCUGCCACAAGAAGGCGGAGAGGGAGACGGAAACAUGUUGAAGGAGGGAUGGACUUCAUCUUUUUGAAGGAGCCGUCACUGCAAGCAGGAAUCUUGGAAGUUCACGAAGACCCAGGGCAGGCUGCCCUGAGCAGCACACGCUCUGAAAGGCCAAUGCCUGCUGCCUCAGCACCUGAGACAGGCAUAGCAGCUGGCACCCGGGCCGAGAAAGACAUUCCCAGCAAGAGUCUGCUCGACUGGUUGAGGCAGCAGUCUGAUUACUCCUUGGAAGUUCCUGGCUUUGGGACAAAUUUUUCAGACAAACCAAAGCAGAAGAGGCCACGCUGUAAGGAACCUGGAAAAUUAGAUAUCAACUCUCUGAGCGGGGAAGAGAGGGUUCCUGCUAUUACCAAGGAGCCAGGACCACGGGGGUUUCUCCCAGAAAACAAGUUCAAUCACACCCUGCCUGAGCCUGUUCUUCGAGAUGCAGGCCCCCGCAGAAGGGGCCGGCGGCCUCGGAAUGACCUGAAAGCUCCCGCCAUUGUGGCAGACUCUCCGUCCGGAAUGGGGCCUCUGUUCAUGAACGGACUGAUUGCUGGAAUGGACCUGGUGGGACUUCAGAACAUGAGAAAUAUGCCAGGCAUCCCUCUCACUGGGCUGGUCGGGUUCCCAGCCAGCUUUGCCACAAUGCCUACAGGUGAAGAUGUCAAAAGCACCUUGAGCAUGCUGCCCAUGAUGCUGCCGGGAAUGGCCACAGUGCCCCAGAUGUUUGGUGUCGGGGGACUCCUCAACACACCCAUGGCAACUACCUGCACUUCGACUGCUCCCGCUUCUUUAUCAAGCACAACAAAAAGUGGUACAUCAGCAACCGAAAAGACCGCAGAAGACAAGCCAAGUAGCCGUGAUAUAAAGAUGGAUAGUUUAACUGAAGACAAGCCUGAUCCUAGUCCAUUUUCUGAUCAGUCUGAACCUGCAAUAACUCCUAGUAGUCCAGUGGCUUUUAACCCAUUUCUCAUCCCAGGAGUGUCUCCUGGACUCAUUUACCCAUCCAUGUUUCUCUCCCCUGGCAUGGGUAUGGCUCUGCCAUCCAUGCAGCAGGCCAGACACUCUGAAGUAGUAGGUCUAGAAAACCAGAAGAGGAAGAAGAAGAAAACAAAAGGAGACAACCCGAACCCCAACCCAGAGCCUGCUUCCAGGUCCGAAAAGGAACCAGGGAGUGAUCAGAACUGCUCCAAGCCCAGUGCCCCUUUGCCCCCAGACAGAGAACAUGUGGCACAGGCUGGAGAAGGGGGACUCAAAGACUCUAACAAUGACACCAAUUAGAACUUUUUUCAUUUAAAAUUUAUUGUGACUUGUAAGUUUCUUAUCCCAUAAAGGUUUGUUUCUUCCUCACUUCACCUUCAUAAGAACCUGUGUUUCCAUAAGUAAUAUUACCUACCUAAUUUCCUGUCUGAGAACUAUGGUAAAAGAUGUUAAUAGUUGCAGGGUCUUGCCACUUCAUUAGAUAAGUGUCGUCUACCUAGUCUAGGAGGCACAGAAUUUUCAUUCUGUUAUCCAGUUCAUUCCAGCAGUCGUAGUUAAUACAGUUCUUGGUGACACGCCCUAACCCCUUCUCCUCCAAGAGGGAAAAUGACAAAAGAAAGUUGUCUAGGGAUUUACCAUUGAAGAGUUGAAGAACAGAGACAUAGAGUAGCUCUUUUUACUGUGAGCUAUGUUGAAUGGGAAGAAUGUAAUAGGGGAACCAAAAAGCACAGAAAAAAAGUGCUGGUGUGUACUUUUGAGUUAAAAUAUUUCCCUAUUUUAUCAUGAUUACUAAAUGAGUAGUAAUAGACAGAAGUAUAUAACUAAUGGUUGAAAAUACAUAUAUUCAUUUCUUUAUUAAAAAAAACCUUACUAUUAGUAAUAUAAUUUCCCCCUUUGUGGUUUUUCAGAUACCCGCAGCAAGAAGAAAUACUGACUAGGCAUUAUUUUACAUAUAUGUAUUACUCCUCCCCCACCCUACCCCCCAAAGUUAAAAGAUUAUUCUCAGUUUGAGAGACUUUUAUGCACCUUGAGUUCCUGCUGCGACAGGUGGGGUGACGAGGCUCCCACCCCCUAGAGCUACAGGCUGCUGCACAAGCACACAGCUCACACCCUGCUCUGACCACAAUUAUUCUUAACAAUUCUUAAGAAUUAUUCUAGCCACUAAUUUUUAUCUCUGGAUUUAAAGAACACAAGGACCUAGUGGAUUUUUAUUUUGUGCUUUCCUUCACCAAGAAUAAUGCACUUUCUGAAGCCUGUGAGAAAAUAGUCAUUCAACACUUUUACACUUGCUGAGUCUUUUAUUCAAGUAAUUCGAGGUUGUCAGAACGUGUUUAUCACCUUUUAUAACAUGACUGUGAAAAGGUCCCUUCUUCUCUCCAUUGCUUCUCUAUUCUUUUAUGUUUUACAGUGGUAUCCAAAUUCCAAAUUGUCAAGUUAGUUGAGACUAUAUUGCAAAUUAACAUUUUCUCUUCCUCAGUAGUUUAGGAACCUUGCUAGGCAGAUCCUGCUUCAGCAGCACUUAUCCCAUUUUCUUUCUCCUUCCCACUCUUAUAUCCCUUUCAGUAGUUUUACUCUUUAUUGGCAGUUCAUGCUCUGAGUGAGACUUGAAAUCAGCUCAUGGUUCAGUACUCUGGGGGCACAGGGCCGUGUAGGGCGAUUGGAAAUGUUGGAAGUGUCGCUAUUAUCAGUUUCAUUUUUUGUUGUCACAAUUUACUGUAUUUUUUACUCUUUUUGUUACAGUUUUGCUAAUUUAUCAGAAGGUCCAAAAGUUUGACAUAACUAUUUCAGUUUGCAUUAUUUAUUUAUGAUGCUUUUGUCAUUGUCUUUUAUACAUUUGGGAUUAUAAAUUAUGUAAAUGUUAAAAUGAGCAUCUCAAAGAAGUCUGUUAAAUCGUGACCGAAAAAUCAGUCAGAUGUAUUUUCCAAAAGUGGAAUCCCAGUUCUAUGAAUCAGAGAUGUAAAUCAGAAAUUCGGUAACUGAUCAUAUAGGAAAGAAUCCAAUAAUUGAACAAAUUCUAUGUAAUGACAUACUUGUAGAAUAGAUGGUAUAUGAUGCUGACAACAGAUUUCUUAGAAAUGCUGCUAUCUCUAUUUAACUAACAUUUUGUUCAGUUUUGCCUCCAGUGGAAGCGGAAAGGGUUUUUUCAGCUGUUAAAUCCUAAAAAUCAAUAUAAUUUAUUUAUGUAAAAAAAUCACUCAAUCAAUAUAUUUUUGAACCUUUUAAGUACUAAUUUUCUUUUUAUCAAGUAGAAAAAAUUGUAUUUGCCCUAAAUCCUUAAAAUACAAAUGCUAUAAAAAUUCAUGUAUCUUGAAAGCCUUACUGCAAAUGAGUAUUAUAGACAUCCAGCAGAGUCUGGGGUUUUCUUUGUUGUCAUUGUUGUUGUUGUUUUGUAUGGAAAAGCUGCUUAUCCCAGGUUUCACCUAUAACUUUUAGUAGGUCACAGGGUUCAAUAUGGAUUUGAUUAAAAAACCCACCAGCAUGCUAAAUCCCUUGUUAUAUCUUAUCAAACCUGUAUGUUAACUCUCUGGGUGUUUAGGCUUAUCUUUGACUGCUAUUGUGACCCUGUUUGCAAAAUGAAAAUGACACUCUGUGGAUUAUUUGCUCUGUAAGGCAUAAGUGCUUCUUAUGAUUAUUUUGAUGGUUCCAAGAGCAAAAGCCAAAUUUAAACUCUCUUCGGCACACUUGAACCUUUUCAUCGAAUUCCACUCACAGCCAUACCUUUCCUUGAUCCUCCUUCACCCCAUAUCUUACAUAAUAAAUUGUCUGUGGUCUUGAUCCUGGAUUUAAAAAACAAAGUUUAGAAGUGAAAUUUGUAUUUGAGGAAUUCAGUGGCACUUGGACAUGUC